AUGUUGAGGCAGCUUUUAUACCCGUUUUUGUUCUUCCUAAUUCGGGGGCUCGAGGCAAUCACCAUCUCUGAAGACAGAGUCGACAGAGGCACCAUCAACUUGAGCAUUGGCGACAUUAUCAUCGAGUCGGGCGCGUAUUGGAGUAUCAUCGACAAUGCAGUCUCGGCCCUUGUGGGGAAUUUGCAAGUUGAUCAAGAUGCUGGUUUUUACAUUAGUGCUGACUCGGGAUUGGUGGGCUUGCAAGUCACGUUGUUGGGAGUCUUGAACUCAAUCACCAACGACGGUAUCAUCGCCUUCAACUCGUUGAAAACUUUGAUUGCGCCAAACUAUAACUUGAUCGGCGCUAGUUUCCUCAACAACGGUGACAUUUAUCUUGCUGCUGACGGCGGCCUUCCUCCCGUGAUGGGCUUGACUGCAGCUUCAUGGACCAACAACGGGAUGGUUGUCUUUUACCAGAGCCAGAGAUCGAGCGCUAUAAUAAACUUGGGUACUCCUGCACUCGCAAUCACCAACGCGGGGCUGAUUUGUCUCUACCUGACAAUCUACCAGCAAUUGACCCGUAUCGACGGCUCGGGAUGGUAUGUCUCUUCACAUCAACUCUUUUUUUUUUUGGUUUUUCAUUUCAUGCUGGUUCAUUACUAACAAAAAAUUGCAUUUAGUAUCCAACUCAACCAAGAUUCAACCAUGUACAUUGCCAACGCCCUCCUCCCAGUAGACCCCAACCAGUCAUUUUAUCUUGCCGAUUCCGCCUCCAGUCUUGUUGUUCAACCAUUGUCCACCCCAGCCACUUACAGGGUGUACGGUUUCGGCGGAGGUAACAGAAUCGGUCUCACUUUACCAUUGCUCACAAUUCCAUUGCUCGGUCAACCUGCCAUUUCAUACAAUGCAGGAACCGGUGUGCUCACAUUGAGAGGCUUGGGAGUCGGGUUGCUUUCUCAAAACUUCAAUAUCGGACCAGGUUACGUCGAAACGAAUUUCCAGGUUGUAAGUGAUACUACUGGUCUUUUGCCAAAUAAUAUUUUGGGAAGCGUGCAGUAUAAUGGUCCAGUGCCAAACUCGGAUGUUCCGGAUGUUUGUCGUUGCCAAACUCCUCCACCAUUCCCAACUGAGUCGAGCUCAUCGCUGGUGGUCUCCUCUUCGACUGAAACUAGUAGUUCUGAAGCAACGAGUUCAGAAACGUCAAGCACCGAGCCAACUUCGGAGUCAUCCACCGCUGAACCAACUUCGGAGUCAUCAAGCACCGAGCCAACAUCAGAGUCAUCAACUGCUGAGCCCACUUCGGAAACGUCAAGCACCGAGCAAACUUCGGAGUCAUCAACUGCUGAACCAACUUCGGAGUCAUCAACUGCUGAGCCUACUUCGGAAACGUCAAGCACCGAGCCAACUUCUGAGACAUCUAGCACCGAGCCAACUUCUGAGUCAUCAAGCACCGAGCCAACUUCUGAGUCAUCAAGCACCGAGCCAACUUCGGAAACGUCAAGCACCGAGCAAACUUCGGAGUCAUCAACUGCUGAACCAACUUCGGAGUCAUCAACUGCUGAGCCUACUUCGGAAACGUCAAGCACCGAGCCAACUUCUGAGACAUCUAGCACCGAGCCAACUUCUGAGUCAUCAAGCACCGAGCCAACUUCGGAAACGUCAAGCACCGAGCCAACUUCGGAAACGUCAAGCACCGAGCCAACCUCUGAGACAUCAAGUGCUGAACCAACUUCAGAAACUUCGAGUGAAGAAACUUCCAGUACUGAGCCUACUUCGGAAACAUCUAGCACUGGUCCUACUUCUGAAACGUCAAGUGAAGAAACAUCUAGCACUGGUCCUACUUCUGAGACAUCUAGCACCGAGCCAACAUCGGAAUCAUCAAGUACCGAACCAACUUCUGAGACAUCAAGCGGUGAGCCUACUUCUGAGACGUCAAGCGGUGAGCCUACUUCUGAGACUUCCAGUGCUGAGCCUACUUCUGAGACAUCAAGCACCGAACCAACUUCAGAAACAUCAAGUGCUGAAUCCACUUCAGAAACAUCAAGCACUGGUCCUACUUCAGAAACUUCGAGCGGCGAAACUUCCAGUGCUGAACCAACUUCAGAAACAUCAAGCACUGGUCCUACUUCAGAAACUUCGAGUGAAGAAACUUCCAGUACUGAGCCUACUUCGGAAACAUCUAGCACUGGUCCUACUUCAGAAACUUCGAGCGGCGAAACUUCCAGUGCUGAACCCACUUCAGAAACAUCAAGUACUGGUCCUACUUCAGAAACAUCAAGUACUGGUCCUACUUCAGAAACUUCAAGUGGAGAAACAUCAAGUGCUGAAACAUCGUCAGAAACAUCAAGCGGUGAGCCAACAAACGGAGGUACUGGUGAGCCAACCAACACGGGAACCGGUGAGCCAACUAAUGGCGGUACCGGUGAGCCAACCAACACAGGUACAGGACAACCAACAAACGGCGGCACUGGAGAGCCAACCAACACAGGUACAGGACAGCCAACUAAUGGAGGAACAGGACAACCAACAAACGGCGGCACUGGAGAGCCAACCAACACAGGUACAGGACAACCAACAAACGGCGGCACUGGAGAGCCAACCAACACAGGUACAGGACAGCCAACUAAUGGAGGAACAGGACAACCAACUAAUGGAGGAACAGGACAGCCAACUAAUGGAGGAACAACUGGCACUAAGCUUUCUUCCGCAUUGGGAGGUGGUCAAGCUCUGACCUUCACCAACACAAACGGUGGCUCAUCACCUACUGAAGGUGCGGGAGCUGGCGGAAAUAAUGGCUCAGGAUCAGGAUCAGGAUCCGGUUCUGGCGGUAGCUCAGGUUCAGGUUCAGGAUCAGGUGGUGAGACUGGUUCAGGAUCAGGCUCUGGAUCAGGUUCAGGUUCUGGCUCAGGAUCAGGUUCAGGUUCUGGCUCAGGAUCAGGUUCAGGUGGUGAGACUGGUUCAGGAUCAGGCUCUGGUUCAGGAUCAGGCUCUGGUUCAGGAUCAGGCUCUGGAUCUGGAUCUGGAUCAGGAUCAGGAUCAGGUGGUGAGACUGGUUCAGGCUCUGGUUCUAGUGGUACUGGUUCAGGCUCUGGUUCAAGUGGUACUGGUUCAGGAUCCGGUUCUGGCGGUAGCUCAGGCUCAGGUUCAGGUUCAGGUUCUGGUUCUGGUUCAGGUGGUGAGACUGGAUCAGGCUCAGGAUCAGGCUCAGGAUCGGGAUCGGGAUCGGGAUCAGGAUCCAGUUCAGGAUCAGGUUCUAAUGGUACUGGUUCAGGAUCGGGAUCGGGAUCCGGUUCUAGUGGUACUGGUACUGGUACUGGAUCGGGAUCCGCUUCUGGCGGUAGUUCUGGUUCUGGUUCUGGAUCGGGAUCAGGAUCUGGUUCCGGUGGUAACACUGGUUCAGGAUCUGGCUCUAGUGGCGGUAGCACCGGUGGAACUGGUUCAAGUGGACUGGGUUCGUCAUCUACUCAAUCCGCCCUUCCUUACGAAGGUGCCGCUGCCGCAAUUACACUUCCAGGCAAGCCUGUUGCAUUUGUACUUGGACUCAUUACUUUGAUUGCUUUCAUUUAA